ACGCGUGUUGUUUCUGUCACUUCGUUUUUCUUUUUCGGCGGUGGUAGGAAAACCAGUUUUUUCUCUUCGCAAAGCUUGGGUAAUUUGCAGAAUUUCGGUGCAAAAAGUGUUCAAAUCAGUGUUCGAUAGCAGCGGAAACGCCGGGGCAUCAUGUCGGCACCGAUAGAGAUUCCCCUCAGGGAUACGGACGAGGUUAUCGAGCUCGAUCCGGAGCAACUCCCGGAGGGCGAGGAGGUCUUGGGAAUUUUGCGGCAAGAAAGAUCCCAGCUCAACACCUGGGUCAAUGUUGCGCUUGCUUAUUACAAACAAGCAAAAACCGAUGAUUUCAUCAAAAUUUUGGAGGCGUCGAGAAUCGACGCCAACAUAUCUUACCGGGACUUUGAGAAGGAUCAGAUGAAGGCCUACGAUAUGUUGGCCGCAUACUAUGUACAGGAGGCCAACAGGGAAAAGUCUAAGGAUAAAAAAAGAGAACUGUUCAUGAAGGCCACUCAUCUGUACACGACGGCUGACAAAAUUAUUAUGUACGAUCAGAACCAUCUGUUGGGGCGUGCUUAUUUCUGUCUGCUGGAAGGGGACAAAAUGGAACAGGCUGAUGCUCAGUUCAACUUUGUCUUGAACCAAUCGCCAUCGAAUAUUCCAUCCCUGUUGGGUAAGGCGUGCAUUGCGUUCAACAAGAAGGACUAUCGAGGAGCGUUGGCUUUCUACAAGAAGGCCCUUCGAACGAAUCCGAACUGUCCGGCGGCUGUUCGUCUCGGUAUGGGCCAUUGCUUCCUGAAGAUGAGCAAUCAGGACAAGGCCAAACUUGCUUUUCAACGAGCCCUUGAUUUGGAUCCCCAUUGCGUUGGUGCGCUGGUAGGGUUGGCUAUCUUAAAACUCAAUCUUCACGAACCGGAAUCCAACCGAAUCGGUGUCCAAAUGCUUUCGAAAGCUUACACGAUCGACUCCACCAACCCGAUGGUACUGAACCAUUUGGCAAAUCAUUUCUUCUUUAAAAAGGAUUACCAGAAGGUGCAACAUCUGGCCCUACACGCCUUCCACAAUACGGAAAAUGAAGCAAUGCGUGCGGAAAGCUGUUACCAGCUGGCUCGCGCUUUUCACGUACAGCGCGAUUACGAUCAAGCCUUCCAGUACUACUAUCAAUCCACACAAUUUGCUCCGGCACAUUUUGUUCUUCCCCACUUUGGUUUGGGCCAGAUGUACAUCUACCGGGGCGAUUCGGAAAAUGCAGCACAAUGCUUCGAAAAGGUCCUUAAAGCCCAACCAGGCAACUACGAGACAAUGAAAAUUUUGGGCUCCCUCUACGCCAGCUCUUCGUCCCAAUCAAAGCGGGACAUAGCCAAGAAUCACUUGAAAAAGGUUACCGAACAGUUUCCGGACGAUGUGGAGGCUUGGAUCGAGUUGGCACAGAUUCUGGAGCAGAACGAUUUGCAAGGAUCACUGCAGGCUUACGCAACGGCAACCAGUAUUCUUACGGACAAGGUCAAAGCGGACAUCCCGCCGGAAAUUUUGAACAACGUCGCUGCACUGCACUAUCGCUUGGGAAAUUUGGGCGAGGCCAGAUCCAGGCUGGAGUUUGCUAUCGAACGUGCCAAGGUGGAGGCACAACACGACUCACAGUACUACGAUUCUAUAUCGGUCACAAUGACGUACAAUCUGGCUCGGCUGAACGAGGCAAUGGCCUGUUUCGACAAGGCCGACAAAUUGUACAAGGAUAUUUUAAAGGAACAUCCGAACUACAUCGAUUGUUAUCUACGUUUGGGCUGCAUGGCUCGAGACAAGGGUUUGAUUUUCGUAGCAUCCGAUUUCUUCAAGGAUGCUCUAAAAAUUAAUAUGGAAAAUCCAGAUACCCGUUCACUGUUGGGUAAUCUCCAUUUGGCCAAGAUGCAGUGGACGCUGGGUCAGAAGAACUUCGAAACUAUUUUAAAAAAUCCGGCUACUUCGAGCGAUGCUUACUCGCUGAUUGCCCUUGGAAACUUCUGGCUUCAAAGUUUGCAUCAACCCAGCAAGGAUAAAGAGAAGGAGAAAAAACAUCAAGAAAAGGCGCUGGCCAUCUACAAGCAGGUGUUACGUAAUGAUCCGAAAAACAUUUGGGCAGCUAACGGAAUAGGAGCCGUACUGGCUCACAAGGGCUGUAUCAUCGAAGCGAGAGAUAUUUUCGCACAGGUUCGUGAAGCCACAGCCGAUUUCUGCGACGUAUGGUUGAAUAUCGCUCAUAUCUACGUUGAACAGAGACAGUAUAUCAGCGCCAUCCAGAUGUAUGAAAAUUGCAUGAAGAAAUUUUUCAAGCAUAACAACGUCGAUGUCAUGCAAUAUUUGGCACGUGCCCAUUUCCGUGCCGGUAAGCUGAAGGAAGCAAAGAUGACCCUUCUAAAGGCUCGUCGGGUUGCUCCGCAGGAUACUGUCCUUCUGUUUAAUAUAGCACUGGUUCUGCAGCGACUUGCAAUGGUCGUUUUGCGUGAUGAAAAAUCCGUUUUGAGUGUUGUUUUACAGGCAGUCCACGAGCUGGGAUUGGCACACAAAUAUUUCACCUAUUUGUCGGUUCAUGGCGACAAGACUCGUUACAACAUUGCGUUGGCUGCCACAGAGGCCAGCCAAUGCCAGGAUUUGCUACAGCAAGCCCAAUAUCAUGUAUCGCGUGCUCGAAAGAUAGACGAGGAAGAGCGUUCACUGCGCCAGAAGCAAGAAAUCGAACGCGAAGAAUUCAAGAAACGACAACACGAAGAACGCAUCCGCAUGGAAGAAAUGCGCCGCAAGGCUCACGAAGAAAUGAUGGCCAGACGACAGGAAUACAAAGAGAAAACGAAAAAUGCUAUUUUCUUUGCCGAUACUGGACCGGAGCCGUCGAAAAAGAAGGGAGGUCGCGGUCGCAAGGAUUACAUUUCCGAUUCUGAUGCAUCUGGACCACCCGGAAGUGGCGGAGAAGAGGGUGGUGCACCCAAGGAGCGCAAACGCAAGGAACCAGGCGAGAAGAAAAAGCGCAAACCUGGUGGUGGCCGCAAGAAGAAAGAGAAGGCUCCGAAAGGAUCUGGAUCGGAGAGUGAUGAAGACUCUGCUCCGAAAAAACGUGGUCGCAAAAAGGGAUCCAAGAAUAUCGCAAUGUCGAAGAAACAAGAAGAAGGACUUUCGCAAAAACAAAAAUCAAGAAUCGUAUCCAAAGCCACGAUUUCUUCCAGCGAUUCGGACAGUGACCGCAGCCGACUCAAAAUUGCAAGUGGCAAUGAAUCGGGCAGCUCUGGAAACAGUGCUCCAGCAACGAAACGUAAACGUAAGAUUGGUUCUGACUCGGAAUCAGGUGGCGGUUCGGAUCGUUCACGAUCUCGUUCCCGGUCCCGAUCGAAAUCAGGAAGCCGUAGUGGCUCCGGAUCCAGAUCCCGUUCGGCUUCACGUUCUCGUUCCGGUAGCCGUUCUCGUUCCGGUUCAAGAUCGCGCUCGGGCAGUCGGUCGCCUACUCGCUCCGGUUCCGGCAGUCGUCAAGCCUCACCCAUAUCUAGAAAAUCAGUUUCCGGUUCAGGAUCCGAUUAAAGUCAGAACCUUCAAUAAUUAUGCAAUUCAAAUUAACGUCUUCUUUCAAUACAUGUAAGUAACCUGACUAACCCGGACAUUGUUAUCCACAUUCAAAACUUUGACUCAUUUUUAAGCAAAAACAAUUCUUAUUUUACGAGUGAAAUAUGUAGCAAUUAUGUAAGCAUAAAAAAAACAAUAAAAUCGAUUACCGGAAAA